AGAAGUUGUUCAUGAGUCUAACAAGAAAGAGUGUCUUCAAUUUUCACACAAAAUGAGCCAACAACAACAAGCUUCGGACAAUCAUAAACAUUGGGAUUGUUUGGGUGCGAUUUGCAUCUCUACAAAAGGUUUGGACAUUGUUUGGGGAGAAGAUUCGAGAUAUUGGAAGCAGGUUCAAAUUCCCAAAGAUGAUGGAACAGAAUUAAAUUAUGGAGAGGGAAUGGAGUUGCUUCGAGUGUGUUGGUUGGAAAUAAGAGGAACACUAAACUUAGAAGAAACACAUCUGUUACCAAACAUGACUUAUAAAUUAUUUUACAUCAUAAAGUUCAAAGUUGGUGCUUUUGGGUGGGAUGAGGGCCCUGUUCCACUUCAUUUAGUAACUCCAGAUGGUCACCAGAUUAAGAGAAAUGACAACUUUGGAAUAUACCUUAAGAAUAAAUGGCACAAAGUUUUUGGUGGUGAAUUCACUGUUGGAUCAACCAGGAAGGGAAAUGUUAGAUUUGCAAUAAAUGGAUUCAACACUUCUUGCUGGAAGGGUGGCAUGGUUCUUCAUGGUGUCCUAAUUGAACCCAAAAAAUGAUCAUUUUCUAUAUAUCUAUAUAUAUAUAUAUAUAUAUAUACUAGAAUAAAUUGUGUGCUUCAUGUUGUGUUAAUGGAGCUAAAUAAAACAUGUGUUAUGGGACAA